ACGAGAGCGUAACUCCAUGUGAGACAGAGGGGGAGGUGAACGCAAGGAGGACCUGAAAAGGGGCUGUACAAACUAGCCAUCACAUACACACCGAAGCACUUGGGAGUACAGGAAGUGGCAGUUGAGAGGAAAAUCACUGACUGUGCUGUACCCUGGCAGCAGUGGAAGUUCAUCCAGUGGCCUUUCAUUUCAGCUACACAACUAGAGGUUAAGACAUUAAGCCCUGUCUGGAUAUACCAUAUACUUGCCCGAGGAGCCUCUCUGGACCAGAUCUGAAACAAGCAAAUAAACUAUAUGUCUGAUCUUGAUGGAGGGUUAGAGAUCACAUCACUUGGCUUAAACCAGCCAGAAUCCAUCUGUUUAAAAUCCAAACAUAUGGACUGAACACAAUAAAGCUCUGAUUGAAAGUUUAGCAGCUACAAUAGCUUCAGUCAGAACGUUUGGACGACCUUUUGGCUGAAUGUGUUUUUUCAUGUGCUAAUGAAACGACAGGAAAGCACCAAGCACUGCCCUUCAUCUUGACAUUGUUGAAACAGUUUGAGAGCAAGGGCUACGCGUGCCUUUAAAGAAACAGUCUGUCUCUGGGAGAUUGCGAUAAACUCAAAAAGAAAGACAAAUAUCUGGAUAUAAGAUCGAAAACAGCCGCAAAUAGAACAGAUGAUAGUCUUCCAGCCUUUGCCGCAUUUGCAAAAGAGCAUAUCCCACUUGUGAAAUUUACUUGGCACUUUUCCAUGGGAACUGAUCCAGGGUGCAUUGAGAAGUACCUCCAGGGAGGUCUUGUUAGAGUUUGAAUAAUAUUGUGUGGAUUGAAAGCAAAAGUACAUUUCUCAGCUCAUCUCUGGGCGGUAGCGCGUCUACUCCGAAGGAUUACAGUGAAGAAAACGUCCAGCAAAAUGUAGAGCUUUAGUUUGACUUUGAUCCUGCUUUUGAUCCUUGUUUCUUCACAAGUUGGGAAGCAUAAAACAAUCCGGAUCCCGAAACCACCUCUUACAAGCUAUACGUACGCCCCAGCUGAGAAAAAGAAAGCUUUUAUCACACCCAGGCAAGCGUGCCGGCUAAAAGGGGGCUCAGCAAAAGAAGAGAGUCUCUUAGGCAAGGACGGAGUGAAGCGGGCUGGGAUGGAGUGCAAACAUGAGCCUGCUAGAAGAGGGGACAGCUGGGGUGGGCCUACCACUAUAACAUCUUCCACCCUCAACAAGACUGGAGCAAACACGUCCCUGGAGAGGCACAGUACUAACAUUUUGGAGAAAGAUGACAACUGCGGGGUCAAAGCAAAGCCAGGCUUGACGUCUUGCCAGAUGGAGCGGAAAACAAACCUCAGCAGAAGUGCCAGUUUGUCGGAGAAGGAGCUGAAGGAGGCACGGACCAAGAGUCAAAUCAUUGCUGCUCAGCUCCAGGCCAAUUCCAACUCUAAAGGCGUCCAACUUUUCAACCGGCGCAGACAGAGGGUGAACGCUUUCACAUUUGUAAGCGUUGGAGGAGGGGGAGUGGAGGCAUCUAAGAAUGUAAUUGAUUCAUCUUUUCAAAGUCCACGGACAUGGGACAAACGGCACUCUACUGAGGACCAGGACAAAGAGUUGAAUCACAGGAACCUCAAGACAGGUCUCACGUGGUCGGCCGGCAGAAUCCACAGUACUGGGAGUGACAUGGAAGAUGCCAGUGAGGUUACACGGGAGGAUGUAGCAGAAGAAAGCAGCCAAGAUAGACACUUUCUCCCAGUCAGUGAGAAGGUUGAGGAGCUUUCAGAAGACCUCACAGAGCAUGUGAAGGAUGAGGUUACUCUUAGAAGUGACAGUAACCCUGCUGUUAUGGACAGAACUGGUGAAGAUGAAGCUGAAGCCAGUGGAGCACACAAUAAAGAAACCCCAAAUGGAUACAGUGUGCAAUCCAAUGGAAAAGCAGAUAAGAUGGUGACUAAACAGCCCACCAUCAAAAACAGAACAGCUUGCCCAUUUUUCUCCCCAACAACAGUAGGAUCCUCUGAAGCUACGAGUCCAGUCAUGGACAUCCCUCCAGCCCAUGACUCUAAAACACACUUUGAACCUUCAAAUUACCCAAUGCACCCAAGACCUGUUUUCUCUCCACCACCGCCUCCACCUUCAUAUCCGACUCCUCCUCUCCCCAGCUAUUCCAGCCCUCCUCCACCUAACACAAGCCAUGCUCCCUCACCUCAGCCUUCUCCUUACUACAUCCGCUCAUAUGCCCCCAGGCCUACAUUUGUCCCUGACCUCUUGAGUGAGAAGAGAUCUGUAUCUCCCAUCAAAACAGGCAUCCUCGACGAGGGCCGGGCUCGCCGAGCAACCCGCAAGUCGAUGUUCACGUUUCAGGAGAAACCAAAAGUGGCUCCGAAUCCCGAACUCCUGUCCUUGGUGCAGUGUGCAGAUGAAAAGAAGAAAAAACCCCAGCCAGACGCAGGGCAGGAGGAGGAGCUGCUGGCUCUCGGGGCCGAAGCCUCAAACUUCCUGGCCAAGGAAGAGGACGUUCACGAGGAAGCUGGGAUGCCAGAGUGGGCCUCGAGUUUGAAAAGCUCCAGAACGCGUGCCAGGACAGAGCACAAGCCUGAGCAGGCCCUGACCGAUGCUUCAGGAAAAGGAGCUGAACUGUUUGCCAAACGUCAGUCGAGGAUGGAAAGGUACGUCCAUGACAGCAAGGACCCGAGAUCACCCUCUCCUACCAUGUCCUUGCCUCCUUCGUGGGUAUAUCCAUCCAACAUGCCCGGUCGAGUGAAGGCCAUAGUAAACUCCUCCAAUAUAAGUGCACAAAUUUCAAAGACACUUCAAACUCAGCAGGCCAUUCAGAAAAACACUGUCUCUACCAAAGCGCCAGCACCUGCUCCAGCUCCACCUCCAGAAAUACCCUUGGAGAACGGCUGCACAAAAAUCGAGAUGGAGCUAUCCAAACAUCAGCCAUACCAGCUCAACUCAUCCCUCUUCAUCUUCAACCCAACAAAAGAUCCCUACAGCACUCUUCCCAGAGCCGCCCCAGCUCCUAAACAUGUCGUGACAGCUCACUCCUACUCCAGACAAUCAUCCCUUCCAACAAGCCCACUGCCAUCGCCGUACAGCCCAUCUGCCGCCUAUCGGUCAGCCCAUUGCUUUUCGCCUCCUAUGACGCCUCUCAGUCCCAUCACAGCAGGCAGUGUCAGUUCCCCAGUGUCGUCUUUAGCUCCAGAACGUGUGGCUUCACCUCGCUCUGGCAUCCAAGCACCACGUCCCACGUUCUCCACCAAAAAAGCUGGUAUCAGCCCACAGAUUAAGGAGGAGACACCGGCACCAAUCAAUAGCCCCGGCUCCACCACCCCAACCUCCAGGACACCCAACCUCACUAGACGCUUCACCAGCCCUGAGGUGCUUUCCAGCGCUGUCUGGUCCCCCAGCAGCCCUCUAGUGACCUCUCCAUCAUCCAGCCCAAUCUACAAGCCCACACCAAUCUCCCCCUCGCACCGACCCAUCCAUAAGACCGUCACAACAUGCCCUUCCCCAAGCCCUAUCCACAAGCCCAUUGCAACCACAGCAUCUCCAGGUACCAUCUUCAAGCCGACCGCCACCUCUCCUGUGUCUCCACCCUGGGAAACCAGGUGCCAGUCUCCAGCCGUCAGCCAGGACACCAAAGCCAACCACCGCAUUUUGGCCAAAAACAUCAUCAAUGCCGCCAAGCGGAAAAACAGUCCGUCUCCCGGGGCGCUGGGUGGCCACAGUCUGCCCAUGUCCCCGGUGAGCGGAGGGAUCGUGCCUUAUGAACACAAUCCUGCCAGUCCAUUUCAGCCACGAAUGCGGGGGGCUCAGUCGCCCAUCUUUACCAGUCCCUCUCCCACCCGCAUGAUCCACUCUCCGGUGCGUUUGUACAACACCCGCUCGCUGACCGACUCGGAUGCCUCGGUGGAGUCUGAGGAUUCGGGUCUGCGCUCUCCUGGAGUGCGCAGCUACAACACCUGCCCCCGUGGCUGGGCCGGCGGUCUGCAGGUGAAGAGGGGAGGCAUGUCUGAAGAUCUGUAGGAAGCACUUGAUGAUUUAUACUUCAGCCUGAUUUCGUUGUAGACCAAAGUGUCCCUUAAAUAUUGAAUGUAAAGCAUUGUGGAUACAGUACAGUAUGUUGACUGUGUGAUGGAAUCUAUACAUGUUAAAGAAAUACACUAUCGUUCAAAAUUUUGGGUCAGUAAAAUUUUUUUAAAGAAAUUUAUUCAGUAAGCAUGCAUUAAUAUGUUCAAAAGUGACAAAAAAGCUUUUUUAUUGUUAAUAAAUAAAUGCUGUUUAUGAAUCCUAAAAAAAUAUAUCAGCGCAACUGUUUUCAAAAUUGCUGAUAAUACGAAAUGUUCCAUCUGCAUAUUAGAAUGAAUUUUGAAUGAUCAUGUGACUCAAUGUAAAAAUUUAUUUUCGAUCAGAUAAAUGCAGGAUUAGUGAGCUUCUUUCAAAAACAUUAAAAAUCUUACUAACCCCAAUUUUUGAAUGGUUGCGUAGCUGAACAGAAAAAAACAGAAAAAAAAAAGAAAGUUCUGACAUCAUUUACUCACCUCACAUGUUUACUCAAACCAGUAUGACUGAAUUUCUUUCAUGGAACACAAAAUAUAGUGAACAUUCACAUUCUGAAAUAUGACUAAUAUGUGACUAUAUUGUUGUUUUUGGAGCCUGACAGCAUCUGCUCCUAUUCACUUUCAUUUUCUUGUGUGUUCUAUGGAAGGAAGGAAGAUUUUAUCAAGGUCAUAUGAUUUUGCAACAACAUGAGGGUGAAUAAAUGAAGACUAAAUUUUCAUUUUUAAAGUGAACUGUUCCUGUAAAGUCACAUCUUGGUCUGUAAUCUAAUGAAGAAGGCAUUACAUGGACUCAGAAAGUUGUACCAAAGAACUUAGAUGUGUAUUACCAAAGAUAAAAGUAAUGUGCAAGACUUUUCAAAGCAGUAUUAGUUAUUAACCUCAUUUGUUUUUACAUAAAUAUAAAAGGGAUUGACCCUUUUGCUUUUUUGUACAGUAUGUUUUGACAAUGUGUUAGAGUAUUGGAAUGUGAUCAAACUCGGAAGGAACUGAUUGCUUAUUGCUGAUUGUGAGCUGAUUUAGAUGUAAAGACAGAAUGACACAGCAAGGUUUCUAUGGUAUGAGAGAGAAUGGUAGGAAAUUUUCGACAUUACGUAUACUAUAAAUGGAAGCUGCUGGUGAUUUGAAAUCCAAUAAGGUUUCCAUAUUAGUUUAGCGCUGACAUACAUGAUGGAAAUAAAAUGGUCUGAUGCACAACGGGAGAGGUGAAAAAAUAAAGCAUUAGGAGGUUUGUUCAGUGUGAUUUCACAUAAAAUGUAGGAAUGAUUCAAUUUCAGUGUUCAUUAAUGCACCUUGCUUAGAUUGCUAUUAUUAUAUUUCAGUUUCCCAAGAGGGCAAGAACAGGAGAAGAGAGGAUUCUUGCUGAGGUUAUAUAUAAGUUAAUCUUCACACAUAGCAUUUCAAUAUUUCACAUACAAGGGAUUGAGUAAUUUUGGGUUUAGGGUGACUGAGUGCUCUGUUGGUACAGUAAAGUGAGAUAAUUGCUUUUUAUAUACAUUUCACACAAAUAAACAUAUUUCAUGGGGCACUUGUAAGGUUUAUCAUAUAUGUAAACAUCACCUGUGGCACUGUCAGACUGUCUACAGCAUGCAUUUACACUUGACUGGUUAUUUCUGACAGUACACACUGCAUACUGUGUGGUAAACGGUAAUUCACACUACUUAAUACCGUAUGUUUGUCUGUCGUAGUUCUGAAAUUACAUAUUGAAAUCUGUUUGAGCUGAUCACUAACACUCAUUUAAGGAUUAAGUCUCAAGGGUCAUGCAUACCAGGUGUACUCAUGUUAUCCUGCGCUCAAAUAUUGGAUCACCACACAUGAGAAAAUCAUUCUGUGUUGGUGCAUCAGCAGAUUUUUGAGUAUUUGCAUAUGGGGAAUUUUGAUUGACAGGGACAUCAGCUGUAAAGUGACUUGGCACCUUUGGUGAGAAUAAUGUUAUCACUUUCAAGGGUGCUUUACAGCCCCUGUGUGCUUGUGCGAUCCUUCAUUUGGAUUAUGGGAGUUGCUACGCAUGAUUCAACUCACAUAUACAAUUUCUUUAAGUUUGAUAUCAUGUCUGAAUAACCAGCCUCAAUAUUAUCUCUUUUUGGUUUCUGUUCAGUUUUUAAAUUAAGUGAAUAAACACAAACAAAGUCA